AGCGGCGAUCCCUGUGGAAAAGACUUUUCCUGCUAUGAAGCAGCCCAGAAGACGCAAGCGCGCCAACGGGGAGGAGAGAAGCUUGAGCUGUGACCAGUGUGGAAAGACCUUUACUCUGAUUGGUAGCUUAAAAUCACAUCAGCUGAUCCACACCGGUGUGAAACCAUUCAGCUGUGAUCAGUGUGGAAAGACCUUUACUCUAAGAUGCAACUUAAAAUCACAUCAGCUGAUCCACACCGGUGUGAAACCAUUCAGAUGUGAUCAAUGUGGAAAGACCUUUACUCAUAGAUGCAGCUUAGAAAGACAUCAGCUGAUCCACACCGGUGUGAAACCAUUCAGCUGUGAUCAGUGUGGAAAGACCUUUACUCUAAGAUGCAACUUGAAAUCACAUCAGCUGAUCCACACGGGGGUGAAAUCAUUCAGCUGUGAUCAAUGUGGGAAGACCUUUACUCAUAGAUCCAACUUAAAAACACAUCAGGUCGUCCACACGAAAUUUAAAGCUUUCAACUGCGAUCAGUGUGGAAAGUCUUUUACUCAGAUUGGUCACUUAAAAGCACAUCAGCUGAUCCACACAGGGGUGAAACCAUUCAGCUGUGAUCAAUGUGGGAAGACCUUUACUCAUAGAUGGAGCUUAAAAUUACAUCAGCUCAUCCACACUGAAGUUAAAGCUUUCAACUGUGAUCUGUGUGGAAAGUCUUUUAAUCAGAUUGGUCACUUAAAAUCACAUCAGCUGAGCCACACAGGGGUGAAACCAUUCAGCUGUGAUCAAUGUGGGAAGACCUAUACUCAUAGAUGCAGCUUAGAAAGACAUCAGCUGAUCCACACCGGUGUGAAACCAUUCAACUGUGAUCAGUGUGGAAAGUCUUUUACUCUAAAAACUCACUUUAACAGACAUUAUAUGAUCCAUGUUGGAGGUAAAUCAUUUGUCUGUGAUCAGUGUGGAAAGUCUUUUACUGCGAUUGAUAGGUUAAAAAUGCAUCAGCGCAUCCACUCUGGAGUUAAAUCAUUUGUAUGUGGUGACUGUGGAAAGGCUUUUCUUCAGAUUGAAAGCUUAAAAUUGCAUCAGCGCAUCCACUCUGGUACUAAACAAUUUGUAUGUGGUGACUGUGGAAAGUCUUUU